AUGGAAGCCAAUAUUAAGAAGCUCUUUGACAGUCUCCUCCCCACUGGGCUUAAUAUUCGCCCUCAUCUAAAGACAACAAAGAGCGCGAUUCUCGCACAGAAGCUUGCCGCGGCAGGAGCCAAAGGCUGCUGUGUGGCUAAAGUGUCUGAAGCCGAGGCUAUCACCGCCGCGGGGUUCGACGACAUCCUUAUCACCUGCGAGAUCAUUGGCGAGCCCAAAGUGAAACGACUGGUGGAACUAUUCAAGAAGCACAAAAAGAUCAGGAUUGUGGUAGACAGCGAGGUUGGCGCAACGGCAAUUAGCAAUGCACUGGCGCAGGCUGGUGUUGCAGAACCCAUCUCCGUUCUAAUAGAUCUAGAUGUUGGUCUGCAUCGCACAGGUGUUGCCAAUGCACAGGCGGCGCUAGCUCUAGCAAGGCAUAUCAAGAAUCUUCGCCAGUUGCGCUUGAUUGGUGUCCAGGGAUAUGAGGGCCAUUUGCAGCAUCUCCACAGCUGGGAGGACCGUAAGAAACAAUGUCUCGAGUCAAUGAAAAUCCUCACAGAUACAGCUACUCUGCUGCGCAACGAGGGCUUCAACAUUGAAGUGGUCACUACAGGGGGAACGGGAACCGCUGAGUUUUGCGCUACCGUGCCUGGUGUGACUGAACUGCAGCCCGGAUCCUUCAUUUUCAUGGAUACCGACUACCGUAACGCGGUGGGGACAUUCUUUUCAAAUAGUCUGACUUUACUAUCCACGGUCAUCAGCAAGCAAGGAGACCGGAAAGUAACGAUCGACACUGGGCUGAAGUCCUUGACGACAGACAGUGGUCUGGCAGAGUGCAAAGACCCGAGAUACACGCACGAGAACCUGGGCGAUGAACACGGCUCACUGAGUUGGGAGGAAGGAACUCCAGAUCUGGCUGUGGGUGAUAGGGUUGAAAUGAUUCCGAGCCAUAUUGAUCCCACUAUCAACCUGCAUGAUUUUUACUAUGGCUAUCGGAACGGGGUUGUCGAGGAAAUCUGGCGUGUGGACUCGAGAGGAAAGGUCCAAUAG